AUGCCAACAGAUAGUAAGCCACCACCCAUCCUGAGAAAGAGAUCAGAACGCAGUACCAUCACUGUCAAUACAAGCAAUGAUACAAACACCUCUAUGAAUUACACGGCUGUCGUCGCUGCAGCCAAGGACAAAGCCAACAGUGUCGUACAUUCAGCGAGAGCAUGGCUGACACCUUCUACAGAGUGGACGUCGUCCUUAACACAACUAGAAUCGCUCUCCACGGUCAUGUUUAGUCCAUUGGCAGCACAUCCAGUGUACAGGUCUGAGUCCAUGGUGAAAGCGCUGCAACUUAUGCAACAGCAGCAGCAACGUCAACAAACACCAAGCUCUACCAACGCAUUGGCAGCACCUCGUGAUCUUGUACUGCAUGGUAAAAUGUAUGCCUGGCCAUCCAGUGCUGUGCUUUUGCAGGCUGAUAUACCCGAAACCAAUAACCCAGUAUCGUUAUUCCAAGGAUUUGCUUCUGCUUAUCCUUCUCUCGCCAAAACAAGCAGAUCCCCUAAAAAAACUCGAGCUAAAAAGAAAAAGCAGCCCACAGAUGCAAAACCAAAUAGACAGAGCAAAGAUAUGCCUAGAUCACUGACUCAAAUCAUCAGCGAACGGGAGAAGAGAGUGAGGGAUUGCGAUAAAAUCAGUAUGCAAAAGUCGUCCACAGCGAAUGAAAUCGACCAAAUCAAUCUACAAAUCAACGAACUAUUGAGCAAACGGCAGAUAUUGGAGCAAAAGUGGGAGAAAUUGGAGGAAAAGGACAUCCAACUGCAACUGAUAAUUGACGAUUUGAACGAUGCCAUUAUGGACAUAGAAGAAGGCGGUAGUAUCAGUGGCAGAGCAUCCAAGUCUGACAGAGGUAAUGAAUCAGAUUCCGACGACGAGGAAGUGGAGUCAGGCACAUGUUUCAAGACAUUGGAGGGACACACGGACGAUGUGGUAUGCUUGGAUUUCAAUCAUCCCAAAGGUAUGCUGGUAUCUUCCUCCAUGGACGGCACAGUCAAAGCCUGGGAUUUGUACCGCAAUCGAUGCCUUGGCAAUUUAGAGGGCCAUGCGGGUGUGGUGAGGUGUCUUCAUUUGAACGAGGCCCGGCUUUUGACAGGUGCUGAUGACCACACAAUCAAGCAAUGGGAUCUGUCUCUGAUUCCGCCACCACAGCCAUCGUUCUCUGGUAGCUCUGUAUUCUCAUCCACACCCAGCUCACCCAGCCUGACAGCGAUUGACGGCGGCAUUGUUAAUGAGACAUUCACAUUGGAAGGACACCAGGGAGAGAUUACGGCUCUACAUGCCAAUCAGUCGAGUGCCGUGUCUGGAUCCAACGACAAGACGAUUCGACAAUGGGAUUUGGAAACACAGCAGUGCGUGCUGACACUGGAUGUCAUGUGGGCAAGCAAGAAUGGAGGCGGUAUUGUGGAUUCCUGGUUGGAUACAGCCAUGAAUUACGGUUAUGCUGCUUACGAUUUUGUGGGAGCACUGCAAUUUUGGGAUUUUGCUCUGGCCAGUGGUACUUCUGACGGCAAGAUUCGCAUGUGGGACUUGAGAACGGGUCAGGCACACCGCACUUUACCUGGUCAUAGCGCGCCUAUUACCUGCUUGCAAUUUGAUCAAGUCCACCUUGUGAGCGGCAGUCUGGACAAGACGAUUCGGAUCUGGGAUCUGCGCACAGGCUCCGUAUUCGAUACACUGACCUAUACCACGGCUGUGUCCAGUCUCCAAUUCAAUGCAAGCAAGAUUAUCAGCUCAGGCACAAGCAAUAUAAUCGAUGUGUACAAUCGCACCUCGUUCCAGCACAGUGCUCUGGUAGGUCACAAACAGCACGUCAAUUCGAUCCGAUUCCGUAAUGAUGUCCUAGCGAGCGGUGGCAGCGAUAAUAUCAUCAAACUGUGGUCCAUAUAA